CAAUAUUAUUCUUUACAACUCAAAUCAAUAAAUUCAGCUACUUUUAGAAGGGUCAAAAAGAACAAACUAAGGGCAUUUUUUAUUCAAUAGGCUGAAAGAGGUACAAAUCUAAUUUAAUAGGUGGAAAGAGAGUAUUUUUGAGUCGUUCCUAAUACGUCAAGGGUACUUUUGAUUCGAUAGGUGGAAGGAACGGCAAACUUGAUCGAAUAGGUGGAAGGAGGGCAUUUUUGAGCCUUUCCUAUAAUACGUUAAGGGAAUUUUGGAUCUGAUAGGUGAAAGGAACGGCAAAUUUGAUCCGAUAGGUGAGAACGGGACAUUUUGAACCAUUUCUGAUUCGUUAAGGGCAUUUUUUACCCUUUUCCGUUUUCUCAAGUCUCAUGGAACAUUCAACAUCAUCAAGAGUCCUAGAAGUCACAGUAAUAUCUGGUGAAGGACUCAAGAAAAACACUUUCGUGACCAUCAAAACAGAUCACUCGUGCAAUACCCAAACAACAAGAAUUGACAAAGAAGGAGGAAGUUGCCCUACAUGGAACGAAAAACUUUUCAUUGAUUUACCAAUGCACGUAUCUUAUCUUACUAUAGAGGCUAAAUGCAAAAAUUCUUCUGGGAAUAUUAAAACCAUUGGUAUUGCUAGAAUUCCCACGUCGGAUUUUAUUGGCGGGUUUUUGCCGGAAGAUUACUUGCAAUUUUUGAGUUAUAGACUGAGGGAUGAAAAAGGUGCGAAAAAUGGGAUUAUUAAUCUUUCUGUAAAGGUCAAGAAUUCCCGGAAUAGCGGCGGUUGUGCGGCUGCUUAUUCCAAUAUUUGGAAGGGUGCGGCGCUUCCACCAACCCUGCUAACAUGGGAUGCUUUGUGCACCGGACUGCCCUUUUUUAAAAAUGCCCCGGUUGCCGUUGGAAAUAUUAAUCUUUCGGGUCGACUUGUGACGGGUAUUCCGAUUUACCCUAGUAGUUAUUAUUAGUACAGUAUAAAAUGGAGUUUGUCUUCCUCUAUAUUUAUUCAAAAAUUCAAGUGUAAAAUGGAGCUAGAUUUGACAUUUAUGUUUUAUUUAUUCA